UUUACAACAAAUCCAACGCCUGCCUCUCAACAGGGCCUGUUGCCCUUACAUCACACUUGAUGAAGACAUUUGAACGGCUGCUGCUCCACCUCUUAAGACCCCAGGUUCGCCAUGCGCUGGACUCGCUACAGUUCGCUUACCAGAUGAAUGUUGGAGUGGAGGAUGCUGUUUUGUAUCUGCUACAUAGUCUACUCUCACUUGGACAAAGGAGGCUGUGCUGUGAGAAUCAUGUUUUUUUAUUUCUCCAGCGCCUUCAAUACCAUCCAGCCCCUCUUGUUGAGGGAUAAAUUGCUGCAGAUGGGAGUGGACACCUGCCUGGUGUCUUGGAUCACAGAUUACCUCACCAAAUGGCCCCAGUUUGUUAGGCUGGGGGACUUUACAUCUGAGACUGUGGUCAGUAGCACAGGGGCGCCACAAGGAACUGUUCUUUCUCCUGUACUGUUCACCCUAUACACCACUGACUUUAAGUACAACUCUGAGUCAUGCCACUUGCAGAAAUUCUCUGAUGACACUGCUAUUGUGGGGUGUAUUAAGAAUGGUCAGGAAGGUGAGUACAGGAGCCUUGUGGAUGACUUUGUGGGAUGGUGUAGGACCAACCAGCUGCAGCUGAACACCACCAAAACCAAGGAAAUGGUGAUGGACUUCAGGAGGCCUGUUUCUUCCCUGUUGCCUGUCACUAUUGAUGGGGUGACUGUGGAGAUUGUUAGUACUUACAAGUACCUGGGGGUACACCUUGACAAUAAACUGGACUGGUCUGCCAACACUGAUGCACUUUAUAAGAAAGGGCAGAGUAGACUUUUUUCCCUUAGGAAGCUGGGGUCUUUUAAUGUCUGCAGCAAGCUCCUGCUUAUGUUCUACCAGUCUGUCAUGGCCAGUGUCCUUUUCUAUGCUGUGGUAUGUUGGGGAGGUAGUAUUAGGAGAAGGGAUGCUGGACACCUGGACAGGCUGGUGAGAAAAGCUGGCUCUGUGGUGGGUAUGGAGCUAGAGACUCUGUCAGCAGUUGCUGACAAAAGGAUGCUGAGCAGACUGCUUGCUAUUAUGGACAAUGCAAGCCACCCCCUGCACACCAUCUUCUCCAAACAGAGGAGUAGAGUGAGCAGCAGGCUCCUUUCCCUAUCUUACAAAACAGACAGGUUGCUGUGAUCUUUUCAGAGAUGCC